CCUCCAUAUUUUUUUUAACAUAUAUACCACCGUUUUAAUUUCCUUCUCAAUACAGUAUCUCCUUUUCUUUUCGAACUUUCUUUGAAGAAAAACUAAAAACAUCUUGCCAUGGAAAUCAUCAAAAUUCUCCACACUUUGUUUGGGAUUUUUGGCAAUAUUACUGGCUUGUUUCUCUUCUUAGCUCCAAUGAUAACAUUCAAGAGGGUUAUUAUGAAUAGGUCAACAGAGCAAUUCUCAGGCCUACCAUAUGUAAUGACACUGCUCAAUUGCUUGCUCUCUACUUGGUAUGGUCUGCCAUUUGUGUCACCAAACAACAUGUUGGUAUCAAUUAUCAAUGGCACAGGUGCAGGACUUGAGGCAUUCUAUGUGUUGGUUUUCCUCAUAUUUGCACCCAAGAAGGAAAAAGCAAAAAUCUCUGGAAUUCUGUUUGUGGUCCUUUCCAUCUUCUCAACUGUGGCAUUGGUCUCAAUGUUAGCCCUCCAUGGCAAUAAAAGGAAGUUCUUUAGUGGCUUUGCUGCUGCUAUUUUCUCCAUCAUUAUGUAUGGUUCUCCUUUGUCAAUUAUGAGGCUAGUGAUCAAGACUAAAAGUGUGGAGUACAUGCCUUUCUUCUUGUCCUUGUUUGUCUUUCUAUGUGGUACCUCAUGGUUUGUCUAUGGAUUGCUUGGAAGGGACCCUUUCAUUGCAGUACCAAAUGGGGUUGGAAGUUUGCUAGGAACAGCGCAGUUGAUUUUGUAUGCCAUUUAUAGGGGAAACAAAGGACAAAGCAAAAAAGGUGAGGAAGAUGGAAGAAUAGAGAUGGAAUUAGAGAAGCCACAUGAGAAGGGAAUACCUAACACCCAAAAUGGUGAUGCAAAAGUAUGAUGAAUUUAAUUAGAGUAUUCAAUCAAAAAAAAAUGUAGCCAAACUUUAUGCUAAUUUUUUUUCCCUUUAAUUGGAAGGAGUAAUCCUCAACAAA